AUUCAAACAGCGAGCGAUGGCGGCAGUCGUACGGGUUAAGCGCGCUCUUGACGAGGAGCCAAGUUCGGCGUUAAUUCUCUCGUGCAAACGAAGGAAAACAAAUGUCGAAGAUGAGGAUGCUGUUGAAACUCUAUUUACGUUUGCGGGUACCGUUAAAGAUCAAAAAGAAAAUGUUGCCCUUCUCACACACGAUAAAAUCUGUAAGCAGGAUGUUAAAAAAUCUAGCAGACCAACUCCUAACGUAUCCCAAAAAGCACGAAGUGAUACAAAGGCAACCUCUGAAAAUAAUCGGUUUAAGCUUGUAAAUUAUUUCCGGACCAUCAAUGAAGUAGAUCAAACUGAAAGUUCUAAUGAAGGAAUUCAAAAAUCUAUCACCAUUUUAGAAGUUGAAGCUCAACCCAAAGGAGAAAAGAAAUCAGAUCCAGCAAAGGAAAGUAUAGAUCACGAAGCCCCCUCCUCCCAAUAUGUCUAUGAUUUGUAUUACAUUCAACCUGAUUCCAAAGAUAUUGAUGUAGACGACUUGUUGUUGGAUGGGUUGGUAAGCUUUGCCCCUGUUGAAAACGAGCUUGUCUUUGACACUUAUCGGAAUAACAGAGCUGCAGGUGAAGACAGUGAUUCUGACUCACCCUUAAUGGAUGAUGAUGAUGAUUCAAACGAUGAGAACAAUUGGAGGAAUGACUAUCCUGAUGAUGAAGAAGGUGACAGUAAUGAUGAAGAUGGUCUUGCUCGUGGCUUGAGUAAAGUUACUUUUGGAGAUGAAGAGCUGAGUAGUGAUGGUGAUGAUGAAAAACUUAUUUACACUGAAGAGCUUUCACCUAGUGACAUCAAUUUGUAUGGGGCUGCAUAUGCUCGAUUCAAAAAGAAUGCUUUGAAAGAGAUGGAUUCUUCUUGUCUUGAAAUCAAUUCAAAUUCUGAUGAUGAUUAUGGUCCUAGCAGCGAUGUCAGCAGUGAUGAUUAGAAUUUUUUAUGUUUGUUUAGGCUUUUAUUUAUUACCUAAUAUUAUUUUUAGUGUUCAAAUGUUGUAGACUGUUUCAGUUACGCUUAUUAAAUUUUUAUAAAGAUUUGAAAAAGA